AUGAAUGUUUUUGUUUGUGGUGUUACCUUAGUUCUCGCAUUGACCGCAACCCAAUCCUAUGCCAGUUUUGAAUCUUCUGGUGGUGCAGGAGGUCAUGGUGGCUAUGGAGGUGGUGAUCAAGGCGGUUCUUCCGGUGGUUAUGAAUUAGGUGGUGGCGGUGGUCAUGGAGGAUUCGGUGGUGGUGAUUUUGGCGGUGGUCAUGGCGGUGGGGAAGAAAUUCACACAAAAACAAUUGAGCAUCAAGGUGAACCUCAAUACUACACUGUCUACAAGAAAGUUGGUGUUCCAGUACCACAUGCCGUUGGUAUCCCGGUACCACAAGUAAUUAAAGUACCAGUACCACAACCUUAUCCAGUACAUAUUCCAGUUCCACAACCAAUCGCCGUACCUAUUUAUAAACUAGUACCACAAGAAAUCGAGAAGAAGGUACCAUACACUGUAGAGAAACCAGUACCAUAUCCAGUAGAAAAACCAUACAAAAUUGAAGUAGAAAAGCAUGUUCCAGUACCAGUCGGCAAACCUUACCCAGUACAUGUUCCAAUUUACAAACACGUAUACCAUCAUGUUCCAUCAAAAUCUCAUUCAAAAUGGGAUUGA